CUGAAAUUGCUGAUCUGCUUCUUGGCGUGUUCGUGGAUCGAGUGUGACCUGAUGCAUAUCCAAUAUUUGAGUAACUUUUCAGUCUGUUACCGUAGACUCAAGCUUCUGUAUCGGGACACUUGUUUAUUUCUAUUCAAAACAAUGGAAGUUUGACUUCUUACACGAGCUCCUGGAGGUUCAUCGAAUGUCAUGCAUUCAACCCGGUCAAGUGCCCUUUACAAAACCCAAAGUUCUUACUAGCUCCGAGUGUGUAUGCAUGUAUUUAUUCACCUCCAAAUUACCCACGCAGAUCAAGCUUUCUCGGACAAAGAGACCUGCAUAGACAUGUAUCUGUUGUGUUUGUGGUGAUUGCAAGUUCCACACAUGUACACAGCACGGCCAGCUCACUGUGCACGCAGCUGGUGCAGGAUUACCAAAACACGCUCCCAACAGGGCAAAACGUCGUAAAGCGAAAAGGCAAACAAUCGCAUGAGUACAGUAACCAUAAAAGUAACGACAAAGGUACUUCAGAAAAGCCGAUUUAUAUUCGCGCAACUCCACCUAUCACGGUCAUCCGGCUCCGGUUGAAGUACUCUAUCAUGCCCUUGUUAACAGGCCUCUUCGGGGUCUCGGGUGCCAUGACAUUCAUGGAUGACGGCGGCUUCUAGCAGUGAGGGAGGUGCAUCCAGAGUGGAGCCCAAACGAGAAGAAGCAUUGCCCUAAAUCCUACUGAAAGAUGAGCCCGAGGCAGAUUAGUAGCAUGUUCAGUGCCGUCGACUGCAGGGCUUUUAAUAAGGCUCGAGUCAGCGACACAGUGGCGCUCCAGGUAUUGUUACUCGGCGGGGUGGAUAUGAAGAACCCCGUCGCUGACUUGGGUUACUUAAACAAUGCAUUCACUGAUUAUAGGUCCCUAACCUUAGUGAUGUAAGUCCUGAUAUGCAUCUCCAUCAGUCAAUUACAAACAUGCAAGACAUACUCCAUAGAAGAGGAAUAACGAUGUCACAGUACCGUAUUCGGUAUGUAAUGAUUAAAUCGCUGAUAGUGUCGAGAAAAUGCAGUAUCGUAGAAAUAAAAUUGACCGAAAUGAAACAAGAGGAGAAAGAAUCCAUAACAAGGAAAAUGAAUAUCACUUUAUCUGUUCAUGGCUGGGAAGAAGAAAAAAACCAGAGUAGA